GUAAAUUCAUAUUCCAAGUACUACACUUUCCUUUCUGUCUCUCAAAAUUUCUCUCUUUCCUUCUUCACAAUCCCCCCUCCCUCCUCCAGUUGCACUGUCGUAGACGCUAAAACGGACCGCUGUUCUGGCCGUGCCUAUUCCGACGCCGCCUCUCUAUCAUUUUGUUUUCCAAUUUGUUCUGAUCUAGGCAUUUUUCGUUGUGAUUUGCACCAAGGCCAUGGAUGGCAGAUCGAGUGCGCACUGCCAAAAAAUGAAGCUCUUUAAUCUCUCCCUAGAUCUCUGGUUUUGCUCCUGCCUAUGUUGACCGGCUUUGCUCCUCUUCGCAUCUCAGUGAUUGUGCACAUUAGCAAGGUUUCUGCUCAAUCUUCUCACAGUACUUGGUAAACGUUAGUACUGUGAAGGGAACGUUCCCAAAGAUGGGGCGCCUGAAGCUGCAAACUGGAAUCAAUGCAAUCGAGGAAGAACCUGAGGAGUGUGAUGUCACAUAUACGAAUAAAACUGCUUUAGCUUGCAUGAUUAAUUCUGAAAUUGGUGCUGUAUUGGCAGUUAUGAGAAGAAAUGUAAGAUGGGGAGGUCGAUAUAUGUCAGGUGAUGAUCAAUUGGAACACUCCUUAAUUCAAUCACUGAAGUCACUAAGAAAGCAGAUAUAUACAUGGCAGCAUCCAUGGCAUACAAUCAACCCUGCUGUGUAUCUUCAACCAUUUUUAGAUGUAAUUCGAUCGGACGAAACUGGAGCACCUAUUACUGGGGUUGCUUUAUCUUCUGUGUACAAGAUUUUAACUCUUGACAUGAUUGAUCAAAAUACUGUUAACGCUGGAGAUUCUGUUCACUUGAUAGUUGAUGCUGUUAGCUGUUGUAGAUUUGAGUUAACAGAUCCAGCAUCAGAAGAAAUGGUCCUGAUGAAAAUACUUCAGGUUCUUCUUGCUUGUAUGAAAAAUAAGGCAUCCAUUAUGUUGAGCAAUCAGCAUGUCUGCACCAUUGUUAAUACUUGUUUCCGCAUAGUGCAUCAGGCAGCCACAAAGGGUGAGCUAUUGCAGCGGAUAGCUCGCCACACAGUUUAUGAGCUUGUCAGGUGUACCUUUUCACAUCUGUCAGAAAUCAGUACCACAGAACACGCAUUGGUCAAUGGCAAUAGUUCCAGCAAGCAGGAGGCUGGUAGGGGGUCUAAUGAUGACUAUGUGCUUGGAAGCAGACUGUUGGAGAAUGGAAACUUGGGCCAUGAAUUUGAUGGUCAAUCGUCAUCCAACAAUUUUGACUCUAAUUCUUCAUCAGCUCCGUUGGCAACUGGGAUGGAUGAAAAUUUACUUGAGGAUGGUAAUGUGAAGGAUACGGUUCCAUUUGACCUUCAUCUUAUGAAUGAACCUUAUGGGGUCCCCUGCAUGGUAGAAAUUUUUCGUUUCCUCUGUUCAUUGCUAAAUCUAGUUGAGCAUAUGGAGUUGGGAGGUAGAUCAAAUACCAUGGCUUUUGAUGAAGAUGUUCCUCUUUUUGCCUUGGGAUUGCUAAACUCAGCAAUAGAGCUAGGUGGCCCGUCCUUCCGCCAUCACCCUAGGUUAUUGAGUUUAAUCCAAGAUGAAUUGUUUCAAAACCUUAUGCAAUUUGGUUUGUCAACAAGCUCGCUAAUCCUUUCAAUGGUUUGUAGCAUUGUUCUCAAUCUAUACCACCAUCUGCGAACUGAGCUGAAGUUGCAGAUUGAGGCUUUCUUUUCAUGUGUCAUUUUGAGACUUGUCCAAACCAGGUAUGGGGCUUCAUACCAGCAGCAGGAGGUCGCUAUGGAGGCUCUUGUCGAUUUCUGCAGGCAGAAAACAUUUAUGGUGGAGAUGUAUGCAAACUUAGAUUGUGACAUAACUUGCAGUAAUGUCUUUGAAGAUCUUGCUAAUCUUCUGUCUAAGAGUGCUUUUCCAGUUAAUUGUCCUUUGUCUUCAAUGCAUAUCCUUGCUUUGGAUGGUCUUAUUGCCGUUAUUCAGGGAAUGGCAGAGAGGAUAGGUCAUGGAACUGGCAUUGAAAAUACUCCUGUGAACCUUGAGGAAUAUACUCCUUUCUGGAUGGUAAAGUGUGAAAACUAUAAUGAUCCUAAUCAAUGGGUUCCAUUUGUGAGAAGGAAAAAGUACAUCAAGAGACGUUUGAUGAUUGGAGCUGAUCACUUUAACCGUGAUCCCAAGAAAGGACUGGAGUUUCUUCAAGGAACCCACCUCUUGCCUGAUAAACUUGAUCCCAAAAGUGUAGCCUGCUUUUUCAGGUUCACUGCUGGUUUGGAUAAAAAUCUGGUUGGGGACUUCCUUGGAAAUCAUGAUGAGUUUUGCGUCCAGGUUCUUCAUGAAUUUGCUGGGACUUUUGAUUUUCAGGACAUGAAUUUGGAUACUGCAUUGCGGCUAUUUUUGGAAACUUUCAGACUCCCGGGAGAAUCACAGAAGAUACAAAGGGUGCUUGAGGCGUUUUCUGAGAGAUAUUAUGAACAGUCGCCUCAAAUUCUUGUGAAUAAGGAUGCUGCUCUUCUACUUUCUUAUUCACUUAUAAUGCUGAAUACAGAUCAGCACAAUGUUCAAGUGAAAAAGAAGAUGACGGAAGAAGAUUUCAUUCGGAACAGCAGGCACAUAAAUGGAGGCAAUGAUCUUCCAAGAGAUUUCCUCUCCGAGUUGUAUCACUCAAUCUGUAAGAAUGAGAUUCGUACUAUUCCGGAGCAAGGCAAUGGUUUUCCUGAAAUGACCCCAAGCCGAUGGAUCGAUUUGAUGAAUAAAUCCAAGAAAUCCUCUCCAUUCAUCGUGUCUGAUUCUAAAGCCUACCUUGAUCGUGAUAUGUUUGCUAUAAUGUCAGGGUCAACAAUUGCGGCUAUAUCUGUGGUAUUUGAUCAUGCAGAACAUGAAGAAGUCUAUCAAACAUGUAUUGAUGGAUUCUUAGCUGUUGCAAAAAUCUCCGCAUGUCAUCACCUUGAAGAUGUACUUGACGAUCUUGUUGUGUCCCUCUGCAAGUUCACAACCCUCAUGAACCCAUCAUCUGUUGAGGAGCCUGUGCUUGCCUUUGGUGAUGAUACAAAGGCUAGGAUGGCUACCAUGACAGUUUUCAACAUCGCCAACAUGUAUGGCGACUUCAUUCGUUCAGGCUGGAGAAAUAUCCUUGAUUGCAUCUUACGAUUGCACAAGCUUGGUCUCUUGCCAGCUCGUGUGGCGAGUGAUGCAGCUGAUGAAUCAGAACUUUCUUCCGACACUGGACAUGGAAAGCCUCUUACAAGUUCUUUAUCUGCUGCUCAUAUUCAGUCAGUUGGUACUCCCAAGAGAUCCUCUGGAUUGAUGGGCCGGUUCAGUCAGCUCUUAUCUCUUGACAAUGAGGAGCCAAGGUCUCAGCCUACCGAACAACAACUUGCUGCUCAUCAGCGCACCCUUCAGACUAUUCAAAAGUGCAAUAUUGACAGCAUUUUUACGGAGAGCAAGUUUCUUCAGGCUGAAUCUUUAUUACAGCUGGCACAAGCACUCAUAUGGGCAGCAGGACGGCCUCAGAAAGGAAACAGUUCUCCAGAGGAUGAAGAUACAGCAGUCUUCUGCCUGGAAUUGUUGAUUGCCAUUACUCUAAAUAACCGAGAUAGAAUUGUGCUUCUUUGGCCGGGUGUUUAUGAUCAUAUAUCUAACAUUGUGCAGUCAACUGUCAUGCCUUGUGCCCUGGUGGAGAAAGCUGUUUUUGGACUUCUCCGGAUCUGCCAGCGCUUGCUGCCUUAUAAAGAGAACCUUGCUGAUGAACUUUUGAGGUCUCUGCAACUUGUCUUGAAGCUAGAUGCUCGGGUAGCCGAUGCAUACUGUGAGCAAAUUACACAGGAAGUCAGCCGUCUAGUAAAAGCAAAUGCUUCUCAUAUUAGAUCUCCAUCAGGAUGGCGAACAAUAACAUCCCUACUUUCCAUUACAGCUCGCCAUCCAGAGGCCUCUGAGGCAGGAUUUGAUGCUCUACUAUUCAUUGUGUCUGACGGUGCCCACCUGUUGCCAGCAAAUUAUACCCUCUGCAUUGAUGCUUCAAGGCAAUUUUCCGAGUCUCGUGUUGGACAAGCUGAACGUUCUUUGCGUGCAUUGGAUCUCAUGGCUGGAUCUGUUGAUUGUUUAGCACGGUGGGCUAGGGAGGGAAAGGAAGCUGCAAGGGAGGAGGAAGUCAUUAAAAUGUCGCAAGAUAUUGGAGACAUGUGGCUGAGGCUUGUGCAAGGGUUGAGAAAAGUUUGCUUGGAUCAGAGGGAGGAGGUUAGAAAUCAGGCUCUGCUGUCAUUGCAAAAGUGCUUGACAGGCGUUGAUGAAAUCCACCUUCCACAUGGCUUGUGGUUACAGUGUUUCGAUCUUGUGAUCUUCACAAUGCUUGAUGAUUUAUUGGAAAUUGCACAAGGACACACUCAGAAAGAUUACAGAAACAUGGAAGGGACGCUGAUCCUUGCCAUGAAACUCUUGUCCAAAGUAUUUUUACUAUUGCUCCAGGAUCUUUCUCAGUUAACAACCUUCUGCAAACUAUGGCUUGGUGUUCUUAGCCGAAUGGAAAAGUACGCAAAAGCUAAAGUCAAAGGAAAAAGAAGCGAGAAGCUUCAGGAGCUAGUGCCUGAACUCCUGAAGAACACAGUGCUUGUUAUGAAAACUAAGGGAGUGCUAGUUCAGAGGAGUGCGCUAGGUGGAGAUAGCUUGUGGGAGCUCACAUGGCUGCAUGUAAAUAACAUUUCUCCCUCGUUGCAAUCGGAAGUUUUCCCCGAUCAAGAUUCCAACCGCUUACUUGGUCAGGGUGAAAAAGGUGGCCCAACUUCCAGUGAAGCAAACUCUGUUUCUUCAGCUGAGAAGGUAGCAGCCGACAGUGCUGGAACUGGAGGGUAGGUUUGUUCAGUUGGAAAUCUCAGCUUCUUUCUGCAAGUGAUGUCGCUGUGCAUAUACUUGACCGUCAGGUUUAAAAAUUUUGUCUAGAAUUAGUCUAUAUCCACCCAGAUAAUCUUAAAUUUACAGAGCGGAUGAUAGGGCACUCACUUCAUAUCUAUACUUGGAGCUUGCUUUGUAAUCAGAGGCAGGUUAUGAAGUGAAUGCGUGUUCCAGAUCCCCCAGGUACGCUUAAUGAACUUCCAGCUUCCAGGCUUUCAUCUUUUUUGGAAAGGCGUUUCUUCUCUUUGCAAUUCCUGAUCAAGGGUUCCCAGAGUUAAAUUGGCUCAUUUCUAAACCAUGCUGUUUGUUAGUGUUGUUAUACGUACCAUAGCCAUAAGUUUCAAUCUUCUGUCUUUUCUUUCGUCGACAUUCCGAAUUCUGGAGGCGUAUUAUCAUCAUUCAUCCUCGAAUGAAUCAUGUACUUAUUAUGUUUUGUAUUACCUUGCUGAGUAAUGUACAGAAUUAAAAUGUUUGCUAGUAACCCACUUGGUAUGUUAUACACAGUAUGCUACUUUAGGUAUUUUUUCAAAUGGCAGAAGUUGUUUUGAGGAGGGAAAUAUGAUGGAUGAGGAGGAACCAUCAUUAUUCA